AACAGCAAUUAACAGAGAAUACAAAAGCCUCCCAUAGAGAGUAGAGGGGUAAUAAAAAAAAAAAAGUAAAAAAAGACAAGAAUCAUCAUGAGUUUGUGCUGCAGAUGUUUAGAGAUCCUGAUCGCUAUACUUCUCCCCCCACUGGGGGUUUGCUUAAGGCACGGCUGUUGCACUCUGGAGUUUUUCAUAUGUUUGUUGCUAACAAUCUUGGGUUAUCUCCCUGGGAUCAUCUACGCUGUUUAUGUGAUUGUUUCUGUGGAUCCAGAUCAAUAUCGGAAGGAAUAUUACCAGACUCUCUAUCCCUAGAUCUAGAUCUACAGAGGAUUAUUUAGAUCGCGUGAUGUUUUUUAUUUUAUUUGAAUUAGUUCACAAUGAGAAAAUUUAUUUGUAAUAGAUUUUCUCAAAAUAUUAAAGGUUGUGGAUUGUCUAUGAUAACUGUGAAACUUGGAUUAAUAUAUUACUCUACAUUUUAAUUCU